ACGCGGGGUCUUGGUUUGGCGCCUCUGUCUGCUUUGUCCCUACAGCCUUCGUGAAGUAUAGGUCUCAACUGUGAUCCAAACCCGUUGAGGACCAGGAGACAAAAUGACAUCCCAGUUUUUUGAGACAUCGAGUACUGGAGAUAGAAUAAAAGAUGAUGCAAUCAGAAAGGAACGACCCUACAAGAUCUUUUUCAAAGAUCUCUUCCUUUUCAAAGAAAAUGAGGUGGCCGCGAAGAAAAAGGAAAGACUCAUGAGCCGCAGCAUGAAAAUCCACCAGAAGACGACGUUUUCAUCUCGCAUGAAGAGCCGCUCGCACCUCAGCCAGCUGACGUUCUACGCGGAAGGAGGCAGCGGCUCCUACGAAGACCUGGGGCUAGACCCUACUCUUAUUCUCAGACUGACAGAAGGCGCGGACAGAAAGAGGACUGUGCACGAGUUUAUUAAUGACCAGAGAGACAGAUUUCUACUGGAGUACGCAGUGUCAACCAAGAAAAACACAAUUCAAAGGUUUGAAAAGCUCAUAGCCAUGAAGGAAAAUCAACUCAGGAAAGCCGAGAAAAAGCUCCAAGCUGACGCCAUAGCCUUUGAAGAGUUCCUCCGUGAAAAUGACCAGAGAUCUGUAGACGCUCUUAAAACGGCAGCACAAGAAACAAUAAACAAACUCCAGAUGACAACGGAGCUCAAGAAAGCAAGCAUGGAAGUCCAGGCGAUAAAGAGUGAAAUAGCGAAAACCGAAUUCCUCCUCAAGGAGUACAUGAAGUACGGGUUCUUCCUGCUGAAGUUGUCCCCGAAACACUGGCAAGCGCAGCAAUCACAGAAAAGAGCCCAGGCGUCAAAGAGUAACCCCAUCCUCCCAAGGAUCUUGGAAAAAUUCUCGUUAAGUUCAAGUAAAAGAGAUAGCGCCGACUCGGACAGGCUGUCUCUUUCCGAUGAGCACGGUACAAGUACAAGAAAAACACGCCAAGGACGGGAACAGAAGAAAUCUGCUUUUGGCCCAGACACGAAGAAAUCCUCCAUGUUCUUCAAUCGGGAUGAAAGCAUAGGCUCGGAGGACAGUCUGGAGUUCUUUCUAGAGGACGAGACGCUGGAGUUCGAUCUGAUGCCGGAGAUCUACUUCAAGGAGCCAGAAGAGUUGCUCCAGGUCCUCACCGAGCUGGAGGAACAGAAUCUCACGUUGGUCCAGUAUUCCCAGGAUGUGGAUGAGAAUCUCGAAGAUGUCAACAAAAGAGAGAGGUUUAUACAGGAUAAGAUAAACACCAACAUUGCGUUCCUGCUGGAGCACAAGAAGGUGCUCAAGACCAAUUGUGAGCGAGAAGAGGAAAAGGCAGCGGAACUGGAGCUGAGGUCCAGGCUCUUCAGUUUCGGAGAAUUCAAUUCGGAUACUCAGGAAAGGCUGAUAGACUCGCUUAGUAAAAAGAUUAAUCAAGUCUACAGAGUCUGCAUCGGAGAUGCUGAGGUCGGCAGCCUGAACGCAGUUCAAAAGCUGAUCAAAGUCGAGUCUCGCCUGGUGGAGCUGAGUGACCUCAUCGAAACUAUUCCCAAAGAAAAUGUAGAAGCCAUUGAAAGGAUCAAACAGAAGGAGCGACGGCAAAAGCUGCGUGAAGAGAAGAUGAGAGAAAAGCAAAGACACCAGGAGGAGCGGCUAAGAGCUGCUCUGGAAAGAGCAGUAGCACAGCCCAAGAAGAAGCUGGGAAGACGACUGAUCUACCGUUCGAAACCUCGAUCUGAUAGUAAACAGGAGUUACUUUUAAUUGGUGAUACAAGAACAAAAACACAGGAGGAAGAGUAUUUUUUUAGUUGAACAGGAGCAUGAAGACAUUUAAUUAGCAAAUGUUUUAUACGAUGUUGGCGUUCAGUGAUGCAAAGCUGAAGUUUACAGGAGUAGGCAUGGCAACUGUUUUCUUCUGCAAAGCCACUACUCAGUGCCAUCACCCAUGAGCUAAGAAAUACUGUACUUUAGGGUGUCCCCUUUGCAGACACAUCCAAAGGACCUUAUUGAUAGAUUAUAGGAAGCAUGAUUUAUAGCAGAAUGACCUCCCUCCCUCAAAGCAUGAGAAUUUUAGUCAUAUUUUCUAAAGCAAUAAGGAAGUUCAUUGCUACGAAUGUACACUUUAACAAUGUGCUAUUCUGAAAACAACUGGACAGGCUUAAAACGUACAAACUAUAGACUAUGGCCUCAGACCAUGAGACUGGUUAUCUCACAGUAAGCUCUGACAACUUUAAGUGAACAAACCACACGCCUUUAGCUUGAAUGUCGGUUUGUGUUAUGCUCUAUCUCCGUAAUUAUUUGUUUUCAUGUUUUGACUUAGCUACAAUAUGUACAUUAGUCUAUAUUGAUAUAAUUUAUUAAUACAAUAAAUAUAAAUACUAAGGAAAUGUUUAACUUUAAGCAUGCUAAAGUGGUUUGGAAACCUUAAACGACACAGCUAAGUCUCGGUUAAUAAAAUUACCAUGGCUGAAACUCACCUUCAGAAAAGUUCUAAAGCACAAACUUAUUUAUCCUUUAUAGAAAAAAAUGAAAUCAGUGGGCUUACCAAAAAAGUCACCUUGAAUAAAACUGGGGGCUCUCGAAG